GACGCUCCGGUGUGUGUCCGCUGCUAAAGGCGGGAAGAACCGCGUCUUCACUGUCAUGUUUGUUCGCUUUGCUUUUUAAAGCCACUGGAGGGAGAGACGGAGAGGGGCGGGGCCGUGGACUCCCCACAAACUGGAUUAGUGAGCUCGAUUCAUCCACAGCGACGCAGCGGUUUUUCUGAUGGGGGGCGGAGGGGGUCGACGACAGGAGGCAACAACUGGGAUUUAGCAGCGUUUUUGUGGAAGCGCUGAGCAGCUGAACCGUGUGCUGCCUCCGGCUGCCCCCGCGCUCACUUCCGUCCUCCCGGAGCUUUUCACCGGGCUCGGGACGCACAGUUUCUGGGGAGGUGUGUGUGUGUGUGUGUGUGUGUGUGAGCUGAAGAGGGGGGACGGGUUCUUCCCCUCCAGCCGAACUCGGACUUGGACUAUGGCGGACGACGACAGUCUGUUUGAAGACGUGUACGAGCUCUGCGAGGUCAUUGGCAAAGGUCCCUUCAGUGUGGUGAGACGAUGCAUCAACAGAGACAGUGGACAGCAGUUUGCUGUCAAAAUAGUGGACGUGGCCCAGUUCACCUCCAGUCCAGGUCUCAGCACAGAAGAUCUGAAGAGGGAGGCCAGUAUCUGCCACAUGCUCAAACACCCUCACAUCGUGGAGCUGCUGGAGACGUACAGCUCUGAGGGAAUGCUCUACAUGGUCUUUGAGUUCAUGGAUGGUGCAGACCUGUGUUUUGAGAUCGUUAAAAGAGCAGACGCUGGCUUUGUCUACAGUGAAGCUGUGGCCAGUCACUACAUGAGACAGAUCCUGGAGGCUCUGCGUUAUUGCCAUGACAACAACGUCAUCCACAGAGACGUCAAGCCUCACUGUGUCCUGCUGGCGUCCAAAGAAAACUCGGCCCCGGUGAAGCUGGGCGGGUUCGGAGUAGCCAUCCAGCUCGGAGAGUCAGGACUGGUGGCAGGAGGUCGCGUGGGCACGCCUCACUUCAUGGCUCCAGAGGUGGUGAAGCGAGAGCCGUACGGUAAGCCUGUGGAUGUCUGGGGCUGUGGCGUCAUCCUCUUCAUCCUCCUCUCAGGCUGUCUGCCCUUCUACGGCACCAAGGAGCGACUGUUUGAAGGCGUCUGCAAAGGCAAAUACAAGAUGAAUCCUCGUCAGUGGAGCCAGAUCUCAGAAAGUGCCAAAGACCUGGUGAGACGUAUGCUGAUGCUGGACCGUGCAGAGAGGAUCACAGUCUACGAGGCUCUGAACCAUCCCUGGCUCAAGGAGAGAGACAGAUACUCCUACAAGAUCCACCUGCCAGAGACUGUGGAGCAACUGAGGAAGUUCAACGCACGCAGGAAGCUGAAGGGGGCAGUGCUGGCUGCAGUCUCCAGUCACAAGUUUAACUCAUUCUACGGUGAUCCUCCUGAGGAGCUGCACGACUUCUCCACUGACCCCUCCUCCUCAGGACUGCUGGCAGCAGAACGUGCAGUGUCUCAGGUGCUGGACAGUCUCGAGGAGAUUCAUGCUCUCACAGACUGCAGUGAGAAAGAUCUAGAUUUCCUCCACAGUGUUUUCCAGGACCAACAUCUGCACACACUGCUGGACCUUUACGAUAAAAUCAACACCAGGUCGUCGCCGCAGAUCACGAGCCCGAGGAGCGACGGAGUCCAGAGGGCCAGAGAGAAGACGUCCUCCCACGACGACGCGAGCGUGGCUGUGAAACAUCUGGAAUGUGUAAGAGUGCUGGAGGAAAUCUCCUGCUACCCCGAGAACCACGAAGCUAAAGAACUCAGGAGGAUCCUGACACAGCCGCACUUCAUGGCUCUGCUGCAGGCUCAUGACGUGGUGGCUCACGAGGUUUACAGUGACGAGGCUCUGAGGGUGACGCCCCCGCCCGCCUCGCCGUACCUGAACGGAGACUCACCUGAGAGCAACAACGGAGACCUGGACCUGGACAACGUGACCCGGGUCCGACUGGUCCAGUUCCAGAAGAACACGGAAGAACCCAUGGGCAUCACUCUGAAGAUGAACGACACUAACCACUGCAUCGUGGCGAGGAUCAUGCACGGAGGGAUGAUCCACAGACAAGGAACGCUGCACGUGGGAGACGAGAUCAGAGAGAUCAACGGCUUCACUGUCGCAAACCAGACUGUGGAGCAGCUGCAGAAGAUGCUGAGAGAGAUGAGAGGAAGCAUCACCUUCAAAAUUGUGCCGAAUUACCGACAGCAGGGAUCAUCGUGUGAGAAAGACUCCCCCUCCUCUUCCUCACGGCAGUCACCGGCCAAUGGCCACUCCAGCGUUAACAGUUCUAUAUUGGACAUUCCGUCCAACUUCCAGCCCAAAGGUCGACAGAUUGCGUCUCGACCUCCAAUCAAGGACAAAAUGUCUGUAAAGAUCUACGUGAGGGCACAGUUCGAGUACGACCCGUCCAAAGACGAACUCAUCCCCUGUAAAGAGGCCGGCGUUCGAUUCCGGGUCGGUGACGUGAUCCAGAUUAUCUCCAAGGAUGAUCACAACUGGUGGCAGGGAAAACUGGAGAACAUGAAGAACAGCACAGCCGGACUCAUCCCUUCACCUGAGCUGCAGGAGUGGCGUGUUGCAUGUAUAGCGAUGGAGAAGACGAAACAGGAGCAGCAGACGAGCUGCACCUGGUUUGGAAAGAAGAAGAAACAUUAUAAAGACAAGUAUCUGGCUAAACACAACGCAGUGUUUGAUCAACUAGACCUGGUCACAUAUGAAGAGGUCGUCAAACUUCCCGCCUUUAAGAGGAAAACCCUCGUCCUGUUAGGAGCUCAUGGAGUCGGUCGUCGUCACAUCAAGAACACGCUCAUCACUAAACAUCCCGACAGAUUCGCCUACCCCAUCCCACACACAACCAGACUGCCUAAGAAGGACGAGGAGAGCGGGAAGAACUACUACUUUGUGUCCCAUGAUCACAUGAUGCAGGACAUCAGCAACAACGAGUACCUGGAGUACGGAAGUCACGAGGACGCCAUGUACGGAACCCGACUGGAGACCAUUCACAAGAUCCACCAACAGGGACUCGUGGCUAUACUGGACGUGGAGCCUCAGGCCCUGAAGGUCCUGAGAACAGCAGAGUUUGCUCCGUACGUCGUCUUCAUUGCUGCACCAACAAUAACACCUGGAAUUAAUGAGGACGAGUCUCUGCAGCGUCUUCAGAAAGAGUCGGAGAUUCUUCAGAAGACGUACGAACACUACUUUGACCAGACCAUCAUAAACAACGAGAUCGACGAGACCAUCAGGUUCCUGGAGGAGGCCAUGGAUCUGGUCUGCACCACGGGCCAGUGGGUCCCCGUGUCCUGGGUCUACUGACCACGCCCCGCCCCCUCUCCUUCACGAGGAGAAUAAAGACAUCGGGAAGUUUCUCUCAGUGCUCUGACUCUGGCCCCUCCCACAUGACCUCGUCAUAAUGUUUAAUGUGUUAAAAAAAAAACAGAGAAAACAAAAGUGAAUAUUGUCAUGUCUGUUUUAGCUAGUUUAGCUAACGUUUGUUUUAAAGAGACAGUAACGCGUCACAACGUCACCUGACUCCCUCCGUUAGCCUUGUUAGCUUCGGAAACAGUGCUAACAAGUUCACGGUACGACAUUUGUCACCAUGUGCUUUCCCAAUGGCAACGCUUUCAUUUUAACAAAUGAGCCACGAAAAAAAUGAAAACUGUGAGAAGUUUACAUGAUUCACAGUUUAGUCGAAACACGACUGUACGUCUACCUCCGCUACACUAGGUGGCAACAUACGCCUCUUCAGCCACUUUCUGGUUGACCUCUUGACCUUUUACAACAACUGAAGCUGGUGGCUAGCUGUUAGCAUGACAAGGAACAUGGCAACUUCUGUAAAACUUAGCGCCCCCCUCUGGUCAGAGUGACCUCACAAACCUUGACAUAGAGCAUUGCUAGCAUGACGAGCAUUGCUAACAUUAGCCCAUGGUACGUUUUCUUGACCAUUUUUUCCCCCGACAGUAUUUGCUCUUCAAAGUUACAGACUGGACCUUUUCUCUUGGGAAGUUGACGUUAGCGUCGCGCUAGCAUCUCGUUAGUGUCACAUUAGUGUUAUGUUAGCAUCACAUCAAUGUCAAUUUAGCAUCAUGUUAGCGCUAUAUGAUACGUUAGCAUCACAUUAGCGUAACAUUAGCAUCAACUGUUCACGCCGCCGCGUGUUCACGUUCUGUCUCUUUUUAAUGAAUCCACAAAUGUGUCAAUGAUCUGAUCGAGGUUUUCAUGCAUGUGGACAUUUGCAAGCGUCCAUACUGUCCGUCUGUGUCCGUCUGUCAACCUCCGAGAAAGAAGAGGGUAAAAAAAGGUGAAGAAAACAAACAACAACAUUCCAGAUGUUUGGACAGAACGAGACGAAGAAAAACAAGACGGACGUCGACUGGACGCAGCUAUGCAUUCUGGGUGAUUUUUCUAUUAAAAGAAAAAAAUGAAUGAAAAACAUUAAAAAAAACGGGGAAAGGUUGAAACAUGUAGUGAAAUGUUUAUAUGAAGAAAAUCAAAAUAAAAGUCAUGAUUUUUC